AUGAGCGGACACCUGCCGGAGUCGGGUCACUACCAGCUAUGCGUGAAGGUGAUUGAGGGCCGGCAUUUAGCCUGGCUCAACAUGGACCCCGUCGCCUGCGUCCAAGUAGGCGCAGAGAAGCGCCACACCAGGGUCUGCGACAACACCGACUGCCCCUACUUCAACGAGUUCUUUGUAUUUGACUUCCGGACGUCGCUUACAGAGGUGCUGGAGAGAACAAUUACGCUUUCGGUUAGUACGCUUGCACUGUCAUUUGUGAUGGUAUUUGUGGAUGGUAUGUCUCGGACAGAUCACCAGUUCUUCCACAAGUGGGCGGCGCUCGAGGAUCCCGCCAACCCGACGGCGGGCAGCCGCGGCUUCCUGCGGGUCGACCUCAACGUCUCGGCGAGUGGGCGCGCGCCGCCACCCCAGCAGAUCACCCCUGAGGACGACGACAUCGAGGGGCAGCUGCUGAGCGGCGGCUCGGGCAGUGGGCGGGAGCGCGCGCGCUACGAGGCCCGCACAAGCACGUGCAGGGGUAGCCGGUCCCCGGAAUGGAACGAGCGGCUGGUGUUCUACGACCUGCUGCCGCCCAUGUGGCAGCGCGUGCGGCUGCAGGUGCGGCACGAGGACGCCGUGCUCGCAACCGCACACCUCGACCUGGCCACUGUCUCCAGCCCCGGACACGACGGUUUCCUGCCGACUUUCGGACCUGCGUACGUGUACCUGUACGGCGGGGACGCGGCGUACCGCGGACGGCUUCUCGUCUCGCUGCGCACCGUGCCGGCCGCCGAGGUCACCACGGGCGGCACCGCCGUCGAGCCCUUGCCGGCCCUCGACGAGGAAGAGCUGUGGCGGUUGGAGGAGCACAGUUUGUUCGCGGUGCUGCUGGGAGCAGACUGCAUCCCGCGCGGGCUGGCCGGGAAGGCGGUGGUGCUGCAGUUCGCCAUGGGCGACCAGGCCGGCGGCGGGCUCGCCUCCAUAGCGACGCAGGCGCCUCUGGAGUCUGUGGUGACGGAAAGCGGCGCCAUGUCGAUCCCACUUCGGGCGGCGCCCUCGCGCGACGGCGACGCUUACUGCCGGCUGCGGCUGGGAACGCGCAAGCCGUGCGCCGCGGUGCGCCGCCGCUGGCCGCGCUUCCACACCAGGAUGGCGCUCUCCAACGCGCUCGCCUCGCUGGCCGCCUCUCUCGAAUCUGGACUCUCGGAACUGGAAAAAGGAAAGAGCAGACCAACAGCCGGCGGUGAUGCCGACCAGAUAUCAACUUUGAUUAACGUGGGUGCAAAACUGAGAGAAGACGCCACCAGGCUCAUGAAGACCACCGACAUCUGGGCGGCAGCCUAUACACCACUAGACAUCUAUAGAGCCAGCAAAUGCAAGAAACUUGUGGAGAAGUUGCGAAACAUGGCAGAGGUCUGGCAGUCCGGUGGUCCGGUUUUAGGCUUUGACGUCGCGCUCUCCACGGGAAGUCUACUGCUGGAGGAGCUCCGCGACGCUAUUGAAGACCCGCAGCCUGCCCUGCCAGACGUGGUGGUGCGGCUGGUGCUGGCGACCGGCGGCAGCGUGGGAUACGCCCGCCUGAAGGCGCGCGACCUCUGCUACACGGAAGAGCCGGGCCUCCGUGGCUCCAUGUGUGGCAAAGUCUCCACAGUCAUACUGAAGGUAGCAACAAAUGCCAAGAUAAAGUCUGUCGCCUGCCUUGACUCGCCUUUAAGCGGGCAAGACGAGUGGUGCGCGGUGACGCUGCUGCUGUGGCUGGGCGCCAGCCGCGACGCGGCCGCCUGCCUGCGCAGCCUGCCGCCGGGCUGCUCCCCCCAGACGGACGGCGCGCACCCGCUGCCCGCCACCGUCACCUGCUCCCAGCAGCAGACGCUGUUGGGACUGGCACACGUGUAUGGCGGCCGCUUCUUCCCCGGAGAUGACGAAUCCGGCCUGUGCGACCCUUUUGUCAGGGUUACCAUCGCUGGAGGACACACUUUGCAGACAGAGGUGCAGUUUGGAAAACUGGACCCGGUGUGGGACCAGACGCUACCCUUCCAGGAUGUGGUCGUAUGCUGCUCUUCCGGAAAAUUCAUCAAGAAACAUCCAUCCCUCAUUAUUGUGGAAGUGUUCGAUUUGGAUAAAAGUGUAAGAUAUUUCCAUGGUUAA